AUUCAAUUAAUGAAUGCUGCUAUGGAAGCGAAAUUUGCUAACAUGGUAAAACCAGAUCCGUCUCCCGGAAUGUUGAGCACAAGAAGCGCGCUUACAAAAUCCAUCGAGAAUUCAGCCAUCAUCAUGUCAUCGCCCUCAUCAAGUCCAUCGUUUCCUGAGCAGAGCAUAAAUAUCUCGACGAGUACGCAUGUCCCGGACACACGUGAUAAGGAUUCACCGAGCACAGGAAGUGAGCAAUCAAAGGAUUCGGACACAGGAGUUGCGGAAUCUUUGUCAUCAAAUUCUUCGGAUAACUCCCUGAACGAAUAUAACGGUGGCCCUGCUGUAAAUUUCGGCGAGGAAACGGCGGAAACUCUAAACCAAUACUCGGAUCUUGGACGAAGAAAGUCUAGUUACCAGCCGCAUACACGAAAACUGAGUACUGGUGAAGUCAAGAUCAUGCCACAAGAACUUCAACAAGACAUUGCACAAUUCGGUAUCGAUGGAUUUGCUAGAAAAUAUUUUAACACGCACAAACGAGGCAUUUUUCGAAGAAAGGUUCCCGUUGAAAAGAUGCUCUUGCAUCAAAAGGAGAGUUUAAAACGACCUCUGAUGAUUCUUAACCCCACCAUCCAAAAAGAUGCGACAAAGUGCUUCAAAACUAUUCAAAGGAUAAUGGGUGAUCGACAUCGAGGUCGUGGUCCGGUUAAUGUUCUCGAAGAUAUCCAAUG